CGCCGCCCGCCGCCCGCCGCCCCCCGCCGCCGCCGCGUUGCCAAAACAAACGGGCCGGCCUAUUUAUUGGCGGCCGGCGAGCCGGGCAGCUCAGAGUCGAGGCGCCGAGGGGGACAGCGCGCCGCCACCAGCCAGGGCCUCGGGCCCCCGCCCCGCACCUGAGUCCCGCCGGCCCUGCGCCACGCCGCGCAGCCCAUGGCGCCCCCACCUGGAGCCCCCCACAGCCACCUGGACGCCUGAGCCUCGGCGGCGCUCCCGUCGACUCGCCCACCCAUCAGCCCACCAGGCACCCUCGCCCGCCUCUCCCGGGCGGUCCGGCCAUGUCUCCCGCCCGGCUCCGGCCCCGACUGCGGUUCUGCCUGCUUUUGCUGCUGCUGGCGGUGCCGGCGGCGCGGGGCUGCGGGCCGGGCCGGGUGGUGGGCAGCCGCCGGCGGCCGCCGCGCAAGCUCGUGCCACUCGCCUAUAAGCAGUUCAGCCCCAACGUGCCAGAGAAGACCCUGGGCGCCAGCGGGCGCUAUGAGGGCAAGAUCGCGCGCAGCUCGGAGCGCUUCAAGGAGCUCACCCCCAACUACAAUCCCGACAUCAUCUUCAAGGACGAGGAGAACACGGGCGCCGACCGCCUCAUGACCCAGCGCUGCAAAGACCGCUUGAACUCGCUGGCCAUCUCAGUGAUGAACCAGUGGCCUGGCGUGAAGCUGCGGGUUACCGAGGGCUGGGACGAGGACGGCCACCACUCGGAGGAGUCGCUGCAUUAUGAGGGCCGCGCAGUGGACAUCACCACGUCGGACCGCGACCGCAAUAAGUACGGACUGCUGGCGCGUUUGGCAGUGGAGGCUGGCUUUGACUGGGUGUAUUACGAGUCCAAGGCCCACGUGCAUUGCUCCGUCAAGUCCGAGCACUCGGCCGCGGCCAAGACAGGUGGCUGCUUCCCUGCUGGAGCCCAGGUGCGCCUGGAGAGUGGGGCCCAUGUGGCCUUGUCAGCCAUAAGGCCAGGAGACCGGGUGCUGGCCAUGGGGGAGGAUGGAAACCCCAUCUUCAGUGAUGUGCUCAUUUUCCUGGAUCGAGAGCCAGAUAGGCUGAGGGUCUUCCAAGUCAUCGAGACCCAGGAACCCCCACGCCGCCUGGCACUCACACCUGCCCACUUGCUCUUCACUGCCAACAAUCACACAGAACCGGCCGCCCAUUUCCGGGCCACAUUUGCCAGCCAGGUGCAGCCUGGCCAGUAUGUGCUGGUGGCCGGGGAGCCUGGCCUGCAGCCUGCCCAAGUGGUGGCUGUUUCUACAAACGUGGCCCUUGGGGCCUAUGCCCCACUAACAAGGCACGGGACCCUGGUGGUUGAGGAUGUGGUGGCCUCCUGCUUCGCAGCCGUGGCUGACCACCACCUCGCUCAGCUGGCCUUCUGGCCCCUGAGACUAUUUCAUAGCAUGGUGUGGAGCAGCUGGACCCCAGGGGAGGGUGUGCACUGGUACCCCCAGCUGCUCUACCGCCUGGGACGGCUCUUGCUGGAAGAGGGCAGCUUCCACUCGCUGGGCAUGGCAGGGCCAGGGAGCUGAAAAGACCCCUCUAUUGCCCUCCCACAACUGCCCAACUACAUCCAAAGGCCUCUCUGGCAGAUGGACACUGGCCCUGGAAGGGACCUGCAUGGGGGCCAUGGGUUUCACCAUCUCCCCCACCACCGAGACUUGAUGGGAAAUGCCAGUAUCUCCCACACUUGUCUCAGCAUCCCCCACAUCUGUUGUGGUGUAGUGACAGAGCUACAAUCUGUGCUGUGGGGGGUGAUUUGUCCUUCUCUUCUAGAGACCUGGAGGCUGGCAUGGUAUGUCCCAACCUGACCAGCUCUCACUUUGGUUUUUCAUACCUGCCUCCCCUAGUGGGGAGGGGCUCAUUCCAUCUGUCUUAGGCCCCCCUUUGGUGGGCUUGCACCUCAGUUGAUGCUGCUAGAUUCCCUGGGAGCCAGCAGGGAGCUGGCUGGACUCAAUGCUGCCCAGAACUGAGAAGGCUGCAGGGUGGGGUAGCCAACCUGGCUAUCCUCAGGCAUGACCUUUCUCCCUGGACACACUCCUUGUGACAUACCCAGAGACUGUUGCUGCCAGUGGGCAGAGUUCUGUGUUCCAGCCAAUGUGAUCAUAGUGCCUGGGACCAGGGGAAUGGACUGACUGGAUGUCUUUCCGCCCCUGCCCAGGCCAGGCUCCCUCCUCUGCUGAACCAUGGCCCCGACCCUCUCCUCCAGUCAGUCUCCCCCACCUUAUUUAUUGGCACAGAGAGGGAAGCCCAUGGGAGAAUUUGGGGGAUGUUUUGCUCUUUUCUUUCUUUUGUAAUAAAAACUAUUUAAGUUGUUAGA